AUGCAAGUGGACGCGUCAGUCAGAAGUCGACCUAUCUCAUCCACAAUACAUGAAUUUCACGAAAUUCGUGCAUCUUUUGACACUAUCAGCUACAAGAAAGGUGCUGCAAUUAUUGCAAUGCUACGUGCAGUAAUAGGAAAUAAGAAUUUUAGAAGAGGACUGUCGAACUAUCUGAAAAAGUUUGCCUACAAAUGCACCAAGAGUGAGAACCUGUUUCAAGCAAUAUCUGAGGUCAUGGAUGAAGUUGAAGGACCAAAUGAAUCAGCUUUAGAUGUAUCGAACUUUGGGACGCAGUGGACAAAGAUGAUGGGCUUUCCACUGGUGACUGCAAGAACUCUAGGUACCAAAUUAGAGAUAAGACAGCAACACUACUUCUUGAAUACGUCAGUUCAGGAGCAUGAGAAAUAUCGCUUCCACCGUCAAGAGUACAAAUGGGAUGUACCCAUAUGGCUCACGUCUCGAGAAGGCGACACUACUCUGAAAUGGUUGAAAACGAAUGAGCCGCUUUAUGUAAAUCUGGAGUCCUUGAACUUGCCACUAAUAAUAAAUCCUCAUCGCAAUGGAUACUAUAGACAGAAUUACGACAGUGCUGGAUGGAAGCGCAUAGCAAGACUGCUGAAGCAAAAUCAUACGGUUUUGGAUCAUUAUACGAGAUACGUGAUUUUAUGUGAUGCAUUUUCUGCAGCAUUCAUCGGCCAACUGGAUUACGGAAUUGUAUUUGAGCUUAUUCGAUAUGCUCACGCACCCGAUCGUAGAGAACAGCAUCAUUUGCCUUUGAGAGCAAUCAUAGAUGGGCUUGAUAAAGUAUCAACUAUGUAUGGACUUGAGGAAAAAGAUGCUUCGAGCAUCAAAUUAUACAUAAAAUCAGUGUUGUCUCCACUUUACGAUGAAACCGUGUCGCGACUAUUCAGUCAAGGUACAGAAUUUGGUCAGAGUAUAGAAAAACGGCACAGCGGGCUGCCUCCGAGGGAGCGUAUCGCUGGAAGAAUGAUGUCGGAAAGAAAAAGAUGGAAAUCCGUUAUUGACAUAAAGGCUGCGGUGUCUCUUCUCAAUUUGUACUGUAGAAUUGAAACAGGAUGCUCUUCGAUGUUUCGUAUGCUUUUUGAAAGUGAGGUCCUUCGUGGGUGCAGUGGCUUUGAAAAAGCAAGUCAAUGUGUACACAUCCACGACAGUUUCAAAGGAAUCGCAUACUGCCAAGGAGUCAAAGAACUAGGAGAUGCAGCAUUUAGAAAAUUGGACGAUCUACUAAAUCUAGAAGAUGAUGCAGACGAAAGGGAGAAACUUGCAACAGGGCUUGGCUGUCUGCAAAAUAUUACCCGUCUGAAAAGGAAGCUUCUUGAAGCUCUAGACACAGGAAGUUAUUACCGUCAAGAAGAGAUAGUCCGUCUAUUCUGGAGCGUGGCAAAAAAUCCACUCUCAAAUGAAUGGAUGCUUUGUUUUUGCAUUUCAAACUGGAAGGCAAUCUAUGAAAGGGUAACGAAAUAUAUAGAUUGGAUUGUCAGAUCGUGCUUUUUCAAAGUACGUUCCCAUGGAGAAAUGCUGUUGAUCAAAGCCUUUCAAAAAAGCGGCUGCAACGGUUGCGAUCACAACGCCAUACAUAUGGGAUUGGAGCAGGUGGAGCAUAGAAUCCAGUGGAUAGAAAGAUACUCAAAAAAAGUUUCCGAAUUGGCCCAAUCGGAGCUAGAUUCCCUUCGCUAAACAAUAAUAAGCCGACUUCUAAAAGUGGCCAAGAAGAUUAACAUUCGUUUUGUAUCAGAGUGAGCAAUAAAAU